GCCGCGCCCCGCGCCCGCCCUUGUUAGCAGGCGCCUCCCGCCCCCCGCAUUGCUGAUGCUGCUGCUGGCAGACAUGGACGUGGUGAAUCAGCUGGUGGCCGGGGGUCAGUUCCGGGUGGUCAAGGAGCCCCUUGGCUUCGUGAAGGUGCUGCAAUGGGUCUUUGCCAUCUUCGCCUUUGCCACAUGCGGCAGUUACACCGGGAAGCUCCGGCUGAGCGUAGAGUGUGCCAACAAGUCCGAGAGUGAUCUCAGCAUCGAGGUUGACUUCGAAUACCCCUUCAGGCUGCACCAAGUGUACUUUGAUGCACCCACCUGCCGAGGGGACACUGACAAAGUCUUCCUGGUGGGAGACUACUCCUCAUCAGCCGAAUUCUUUGUCACAGUGGCCGUGUUUGCCUUCCUCUACUCCAUGGGGGCUCUGGCCACCUACAUCUUCCUGCAGAACAAGUACCGAGAGAAUAACAAAGGACCCAUGAUGGACUUUCUGGCCACGGCAGUGUUCGCCUUCAUGUGGCUGGUUAGCUCAUCAGCAUGGGCCAAGGGGCUGUCAGAUGUGAAGAUGGCCACUGACCCAGAGAACAUUAUCAAGGGGAUGUCUGUCUGCCAUCAGACAGGGAAUACAUGCAAGGAGCUGAGGGACCCUGUGACCUCUGGCCUCAACACUUCAGUGGUAUUCGGCUUCCUGAAUCUGGUGCUCUGGGUCGGCAACCUGUGGUUCGUGUUCAAGGAGACAGGCUGGGCCGCCCCAUUCAUGCGCGCACCCCCUGGCGCCCCUGAGAAGCAGCCAGCGCCCGGGGACGCCUAUGGCGAGGCGGGCUACGGGCAGGGCCCCGGCGGGUACGGGCCCCAGGACUCCUACGGACCCCAGGGUGGCUACCAGCCCGACUACGGGCAGCCCACCGGCGGCGGUGGCGGCGGCUACCCACAGGGAGACUACGGGCAGCAAGGCUACGGCCCUCAGGGUGCGCCCACCUCCUUCUCCAAUCAGAUGUAGUCUGGUCAGUGCAGCCCGGGAGGACCCCAUGGGUGGGCAAGAGCUCAGAAGCCCUGCCCCCCUUCCCACCCCUACACCCCAGGUCUCCGCCCCUCAAGCCAGGAGACUCUAACUCUCUUUGCUGUUUAUAUAUAUAUAUAUUAUAUAUAAAUAUCUAUUUAUCUGUCUGAGCCCUGCCCCCACUCCACACCCCUCAUGCAUUAGGGGCCUGACCUUGAGUGGGCCCCUCUCCUACCCUCACUGCUUCCCUUGUAUCCCUUGGCCCCUCUCUGUUCUCUGGCCCUGUGCCCUGAGGUUGGGGGACUCUGAAAGGGGGACAGGGAAAAAACAGAUCUCAGCUAUGUGGGGAGGGUGGGUGUGACUUCAGAUUCUCUCCCCUCUCUCCCUUCCCUUCUCCCAACUUGGCCUGGAUUCCUCCAGCAAUGCCUGGACAGGGGCCAUUAGGGGAAAUUCAAACCUGAGAGGGGAUAAAGGUAGACUGGUGGACUUGAGAUGCAAGGUGGACUUGGAGAGGAGCUCUGGGGUGGAGAGGACUAGUCAGCCAUACUGGAUCUGGAGUCAGAAGAGGGAUGCCCUAGGGCAUUCUGGAGUGGGUCUUGGAAGGAGGCUGAGGGCAUGGUUCUAGAAUGGGUGGAGCCUUGAGUGAGGCAGGGGUUGGGCCCCAAGAGUGGGCAGGGUUUGGAGUAGGACAGGAUUUUGUGUAAGGGGUGUGACUUGGAACCUGGAGACUGCAUUUGGAAGAUCAUUGAGGGCAUGGUUCUAGAGGGGUGGGGCCUGAAUCCGGUAAUGGGGAAGGCUCCAAAGUGGGCAGGUCUUGUGUUGGGACCGGUCUAUGGAAGGGGUGUAACUAGGAACAUUCAGGAGAAUGAGUUUGAUUCUAAAGGGGAUAGAUCUUGUGCAAGGGAAGAAGUGGGAUUCAGGAAUGGGCUAAGCUUGAGGUGAGGUCAUGGUCUGGGUUCUAGGCAGGGCAGGGCUUAGAGUGGGUGUUCAUGGUGGUUUCAGAAGGGGCAGCCCACCCUAAUGGAGCAGUGAAAAAAUAUGUUUUAGAGUGGGAAAGUUUGGCAGUUGGGGGGGGGGCAGGAAUAUCCCUGGCCAAAGCUGGGGACUGAACUGGCCUGGGAGGAGCUAAGAGGUAUAGCUUGGAGGGUAAGGGGUGGGACCCAGAGAGAAGCAUCCUCCACACCCUUGCCCACCCCCAUGAUGGACAGCUAGGUAAUCAGAGGACAGAGCCAACAUGUCUGUGGGGCCAGCCCACCCUUCUUCCCCUUUCCUUGCCUCCUCCCUCCUUCCAUACCCCCACCCAUCCUGGGGUGGUUGGAGACCCGGUCUGGAGUCCCUAUCCUGCACCCACUGCUGUGUCUGUGACGUCGGUAGUGCCUGUGAUUGUGUGUUGCCACUUUGUCUGGCUGUGGUCCCUCCCCCUCUCCUCCAGACACCCACCCUUUUCCUUGCCCUUCAGUAUUGUUUGAAGACCUCCCCAAGGAAGAACAAAUAGGAUUAAUUCUCCUCCCCUAAAUAAACUCCUCAACCACCUA